GUCGGUUGAGAUGGCGUUGGCAUUAUUUCCCCAUCGAUGCGCUGACACUCAGUUGGGAAACUCGUUCCUAACGUGCUAUCAUGUUGCCGUUGGCAGAGAUCGUCGUGUCGGCCUGUUUGGUCGUGAGCAUCUUCCUCUUUGGACUGGUCAUUGACAUGGAAGCCCAACGGCGCAUGUCCGAAGUUAAAGCCCAGCACAUGGUGAAUCCAAAUGCGUCCAAACUGACCCAGUGGCCCGCCACGCUGAUCAAGCCGGAGCCCGUGCGACCGUGCACAACGGACGACUCGUCCGCGUCGUCGUACUUUUUGAGCACGGUCAAGACCACUGCGUUGACGUCGCCAGGGAGUUUGUAUUUUCGAAGCAUUUGCGAAACCGGGUCAGACGCGCCGUCGCUCACGUUGAAGGCGAAGUCCAUCAGCUGCCGCAUGUGGCAACACCUCGAAACAUAUUUAGACAGGCAGUUUGCCCCGCCCCCAUCCAAACCCACGUCAGCAUGUCGAGACCCCCAGCGGCAGACACACGACGACGACGACGAAGUCCGACUCCCCUACUCCCUUCACUAACCGUUGGAUUCUUAGUUUAUUAAGCUCGAAAAGCAGUGCUUCAUUCCCC